CAUUUAAGAUGGCCACCCGUUUGCCUAAAAUAUCAAAAUAAUAAUAAUAAAAACGCACAUAUUUCCUUUUAUAAGAAAUACAUAUUUUUUUUUUCAAACCUCAUGUAAUCACACCAUAAUAUAAUACUCAAAUAUUCUGCUAAUCUUAUUUGUAUUAAUAAAUGUGAUAUUGAUAAACAAAGGACUCAGGAGUUCUUGCAGUCAGCCGAAACCGGUGUACUAGUAAGGAAGACAAGACGAGUAACGAGCAUGCCGACUGUCAGUGUGAAAAGGGAUUUGUUGUUCCAAGCUUUGGGCAGGGAAUACACUGAUGAGGAAUUUGAUGAACUCUGCUUUGAGUUUGGCCUGGAACUCGAUGAAAUAACCUCAGAAAAGGAUAUCAUCAGUAAAGAACAAGGCGAUGUGAAAGCAGAGGGAGCUUCGGAUGUCAUUCUGUACAAAAUUGACGUUCCUGCCAACCGGUAUGAUCUGCUGUGUCUGGAGGGGCUGGUCCGAGGGCUGCAGGUUUUCAAAGAGAGGACAGAGGCCCCAAGAUACAAGCGAGUUAAUCCAGUUGAUGGAGAACCGCAGAGACUGAUCAUCACAGAGGAGACUGCCCUGGUGCGCCCCCAUGCUGUAGCCGCUGUACUGCGCAACAUCACUUUCACCAAGGACAGAUACGAGAGCUUCAUUGAGCUGCAGGAGAAGCUACACCAGAACGUGUGCAGGAAGAGGACCCUGGUUGCCAUUGGCACUCAUGAUCUGGAUACCAUUUCUGGGCCAUUUACCUUCACUGCAAAACCUCCAGCAGACAUUAAGUUCAAACCUCUGAACCAGAGCAAAGAGUAUACCGCUCCUGAACUCAUGAACCUCUAUAAGACUGAUAGCCAUUUGCGCCACUUCCUGCACAUUAUAGAAGAUAAGCCAGUCUACCCUGUUAUUUAUGACAGUAAUGGGAUAGUUCUGUCUAUGCCACCUAUUAUUAACGGGGACCAUUCAAAGAUUUCUCUGAAUACAAAGAAUGUUUUUAUUGAGUGCACAGCUACAGAUGUUACAAAGGCUAAAAUAGUUCUUGACAUGGUGGUUACAAUGUUCAGUGAAUAUUGUGACGAGCCCUUCACUGUUGAGGCAGCAGAGGUUGUUUAUCCAGAUGGGAAGAUCUGUAUUUACCCUGAAUUGCCUUACAGGAAGGAGACACUAACUAGUGAUUUUAUCAACAAAAAAGUAGGAUUCAAUGAGACCCCUGAAAGCAUAGCUAAGCUGUUGACUCGGAUGUACUUGAAAUCAGAGGUGAUAGGAGAAGGGGGGGAGAUAGAGGUUGAAAUCCCUCCUACCAGAUCCGACAUCAUCCACGCCUGUGACAUUGUGGAAGACGCCGCCAUGGCCUACGGUUUUAACAACCUCAAGAGGACCAUCCCCCGAACUUACACUGUAGCCAAUCAGUUUCCUCUGAACAAACUAACAGAGCUGUUAAGACAGGACGUAGCAGCUGCUGGAUUCACAGAGGCUCUGACCUUUGCCUUGUGCUCUCAGGAAGACAUUGCAGAAAAACUCAACAAGGACAUCUCCAGCACGAAAGCGGCACACAUAGCCAACCCCAAAACAGCAGAAUUCCAGGUGGCGCGCACGACCCUCCUCUCUGGCCUUCUCAAGACUGUGGCAGCAAACCGGAAAAUGCCUCUUCCCUUGAAGCUGUUUGAAAUCUCUGACGUGGUGCUGAAGGACGAAACAAGAGAUGUGGGUGCGAGGAACAACAGACGGCUCUGUGCAGUCUACUACAACAAAAGCCCCGGGUUCGAGGUCAUCCAUGGCCUGCUGGACAGGACCAUGCAGCUGUUGGAUGUUAAACCUGGCAGAGAAAAGGGAUACUACAUUCAAGCUGGGGAGGACUCCACCUUUUUCCCAGGCCGCUGCGCUGAGGUUUUUGCCCACGGUCAGAGCAUAGGAAGGCUGGGAGUACUUCACCCUGAUGUCAUCAACAAGUUUGAGCUGACGAUGCCCUGCUCCGCCCUGGAUAUCGACAUCGAGCCCUUUCUGUGAAGGGCGAACCCCCACCUCCUCUCCCUCUGCCUCGUCCUUCAUUUCCUCUCUAUGAAGAGCAUGUGCUGACAGUAUCAAUCUCUCCUGUUAAAUAUUUAAUAAACUCAAGGAAUACUGUGUCGAGUGCUGCUGUUAGAAACAUUCUCUGCAUUCUAUCCAGGAUGCUUACUGAAACAUUAUAGGUUAAUGUUUGAUGGAGGGCCCCCAGUCACCACUGUAAUAAGGCUCUGUAGCAUUUUAUUGUAUUAGGAAAACAUAUAAUAGUUAUCAGAAGGUUUUUAAAUAUGUCUGAAAUGCAUAUUUAGUUAACUUCUACCUAAAUUUGAAUAUGCAUAUCUAGGUUGGUUUGAAUAAACAUCAGGAAUUAUUAAAAUGUAAAAAUAAAAAAUAAUAAUUUAGCCUUAAUGUGUUGUCCAAGGACUAGUUUUUUGUUUACUUAUCAAUCAAGUGUUUAUGCAGGCACUCGGCAUAAUUAGAACUCAGCAGAGCCACAAAGCUUGCCCAAGUCCACAUACCAGACAGAACACAUUAAAGCAAUAGGAAUUUGAUUCAUCGCAUUUACUGGUAUUGUGCCAGUCUAGAAAAAUAAUGCUAACGGACAGAUUAUUUAGUUUAAAUAGACAACGCUGUACUGGGGUUAUAGACAUGUAUUAAUGUAAUGAUAAUAGUAAUGCUCCUUAAGGUUUAUUGCAUUGUUUCAUCCUUGUUAGAUAUGCUAGGUGUUUAUAGGUUUUAUACCCGGGUUGUAUCUUACAAGUUUUAAAAUGAAGUUUGGAUCAUAUUGAGGCAUGUACAUAUAGACAGCUGCUAUUCAAGAUAAAUAACUGUAUGCUAAUGUCUUAACAAAGUCUGCCCAGAUUCCUGUUAAUUAGAUAAUUUCAUGAUAUGCAGUACUGUUUUUUUUUUUUCCAUAGAAAACUGUAAGCCAUUUGGAUGACAAAAUUAUCCAGCAACUGACAGGUGACAUUUAAGUAUUAUGAAAACCCAACAAAAGACAAGGUCAAUAAAAGCGGUUUUCAUUUUAAAGUAA